AUGACUGUCGCGCUACCAGCGAGAGAGAGGACCCUCACUUUGGUGUAUUACUGCUCGGGACAUGGUUACGGCCAUGCCACUCGUGUUUCUGCCUUUGCACGCCAUCUUCUCAGUCUUCAACGCCGUCUCACCAUCUGCAUCGUAUCCUCGGCACCAAAACAUGUGUUCUCUGACAGUAUUGCAGCCGGAGCAUUGUAUCGCAAUGCCGACAUAGAUCCCGUUAUCGUGCAACCUCUUGCAUAUCGCGUGGAUCGUCAGAAGAGCGUCGAGGUACUACAGCAGUUCCUGACACAGAAGGAUAACAAGGUCCGGGAUGAAUCACAGUGGCUCCAGGCCAUCCGGGCGGACUGCGUUCUCAGUGAUGCUGCGUUUCUAGGAUGUCUUGCCGCUAAUGAGGCGGGGGUUCCCUCGGUCCUCAUCACAAAUUUCUCUUUCGACUCGGUCUACAGCUACCUCUCCACUUCAUUCCUAGACGGCCCAGCUAAGCCGGAGAACUCCGUGGUCAACGCUACCCUAUCACCCCCAACACUCAAGACGGCGGAGGAGCUUGAACCUGAUACCCCCAUACCCUUCAGCACAAUGGUGCCUCUGGUCGACCAGAUUCACUCGGGAUACCGCUGCGCAGACUUGCUCUUACGACUACCGGGUACUAUUCCUCUGCCUUCCUUCUCUGCCUAUCCCAGCCUCCCUUCGCCCGAGUGGGUCGACAUGGAAAGGCGCACUUUCAAGAGCGCCAUCGUCGGUCAUCUCACUCAGCCAACGUCGUCAUACAAACUGCUCCCUCAGAUUCCUUUUCCCCCACACUUUCCUCCGAAGCCCCUCUCUCGCCAAGUUGUUCCCGCUCCACUUCUGGUCCGCUCGCCCCAUUCCGCCGUGUACACGCCAGAAGGCCGGAGCUGUUUUCUAGACUCCAUCGGCAUUCCGGCUCACUUGCACGAUCCGAACGGAACCAAGAUCCUUAUCGUCUCGUUCGGUGGACAGGUCUUCCACAAGCCCAACAGCCGCUCGCAUAGCCGGACGUCUUCGAAAGCAUCCACCCCCGUCAUCGUCCACACCCAACCUACUGGGAUCUCACCCGACCCCACCGACGCCGGGAACUCCCACUCCCCUCCGUCUCCCCCUGAGCCUGAACCUGGCCUCGACGCUGCCGCGCUCAAGCACGCCCUCCAUGCAGUCCACACGCCUCCCCGCGAGUCGUGUGUUGGAGCCUCGCUCUCGCGCGCUGCCUCGCUCGACGCACACGAUCGCCCACGGACGCUCCGUAUUCCCGGUGCACCGCCAGCCGCGAUCCAGGCUUCCCCGCGCUCCGCAACUUUCUCGUCGUUUCCCUCCAUACCCUCAUUCCAGGCCGUGAUGAUCGCACCCACGCCCACACGCAGUACUUUGCUGGAGUCCCCAUCGACCCCCACGGAACUCGGCUCCUUCCAAGCGGAGGAGCCGCUCGGCGACGAAGAUGUGCGCAUCCUCCCGGACGAAUCGUGGAUCGCAGUCGUGUGCGGGGUGCCGAAGGACUGGGGCACGGAGGGCGGGGAGGAGCUCCCGGAGGGUUUCUUCGUCGCCCCGCGGGACGUGUACAUGCCGGACCUGACCGCGGUCGCGGACGUGCUCCUCGGCAAGCUUGGGUACGGGACCGUGUCGGAGUGCGUGGACGCCUGCACGCCGUUCGUUUUCGUCCCGCGCCCGCUGUUCAUCGAGGAGCAUGGGCUGCGGCUGUACCUCGACCAGGAGGGCGCCGGGGUCGAGCUCUCGCGAACACAGUACGAGGUCGGCGAGUGGGCGGAGGCGAUCGAGCGGGCGUAUCAGCUGGGCAAGGACGCGAAGGCGCGCAAACGGGUUGUCGGCGAGACGGGCCAACGCGCGGAGGAGGGCAGGAAUAUGGCGCAGUCCUUGGUGGACUGGGUUGACCGGUGGCACGAAGGGAUUUCCCCACCUGCUCCCGCGGACACCCUCUCGUUGGAUUCCGAUGAACGAGAGCUACCGACCUGA